CAUCACUCUAGUCAGUUCACUUCAGUGAACUACAACAUCCAUCCCCAACUACUAACCACUCCAGAGUUGGAUUCGACAGUGCAGCAACAGCUUGUCCAUACUGUGACUUCCGCACCACGCGCCUCCUCAAGGUGCUGCUGCUGCUACUGCGUCACACUCCUGCUUUACUCUACUGCUCAAGCCUUCCAUCGCGUGCUCCUGUUGUACUCAUCCAGACCUGGUCCGCGGCUCUGACGUAUUGCGCUCCUCUUUCCCUUCUACCUCCACCCCCUCUCCUCCUCCUAGCCACCCUACCAAUACCAAUUCACGACUCUGACACAUGCAUCCAGGCCAUAAAGCAUGGCUGUCACUGUCGAAGAUAAUUUGCGAGAUACAGACAGCUUUGUGCUUCCCUCCAAGUCCUAUUAUCCCCUCGACAUCCCCAUAGCACACAGGCACUAUCAAUUACGACAUUUCAUCAGUUCCCCGGAGCAAGAUGUAUUAUACUACGCUAGCAAGCUCGAUCUCUACUGCCUCAACUCCGCCACCAAGACACAAGCGCAUAUAACAAAGCUGCCCUGGGAGGCGCGUUGCACGGCUUCAGGUCAUGGAUACGUCUGUGUAGGAGGAGCGGACGACGGGAACUUCGCGGCUAUAAAAGUCACCGGAUUCCCUCCUACAGUUGCAACCACGACCACCACCACUGAUGUCGACGCCCUUCUACCUAUUGAGCUAGGGGGCCGCACCUCGAUCCCGCAACAGCCGCAUCAAGUUCGACUUGAAAAGAUCGGAGAAGAUAUCGUGAACUCCAUCUCAAUACACAAAUAUACGAAUAAAGAGGGUGCCGAUGAUGUGGUGGCAGUUCUUACGAAUAAUGACAAGACUGUCCGCAUAUAUUCGCUGACUCGAGAAGUAGAGGAUACCGUGAUGGACCUUCCGUUUGCCAUGAACCACGCCACAAUAUCGCCUGACGGGGAAUUACUGCUCGCUGUUGGCGAUCUGCCCACCGCAUACUUCUUCAAGCGAUUCAAGCCCAGAAAGACGGACAACUCUCUAGCGAAUGGAGAAACGACUCAGAAAAGAUCAUGGAUUCUCUGGAAAGAAGUGCCUUUAUACGUUCCCCCCGGCGCCGGUAGUGUACAAGGGUACUUUACAACAGCGUGGUCCCCGUCUGGAAGACUGUGCGCAGUAGGGUCAGAAUGCGGGUACAUCACAGUCUUCGAUCCAGAAUUGUUGACGAAAUGCAAAUGGGCGAAGGACGCAGCAGUGCAACUGAUCAGCUCUACCAGGCCUGACACGACCAAUGGUCCAGGAUCAAUCCGGACAAUGCAAUUCUCCCCUGCACCGUGGGACCUACUCAUUUGGAGCGAAGAUCAAGCAAGGGUAUGUGUGGCGGACCUCCGGAGAGGAUUUGGUCUGAGAAGACAAGUGCUCAAUCUCGAUCCCAGAGAGGACAAUCUCGAGAGAGUCGAGGUUGCUGAUUACGAUGGCACGCUUGGUCCUGUGCUACAGGACUUGCGACUAGAAGCAGACUUCAUUCGCAGAUACCGUCGAGCCCUAGAUUCGGAAAGCAGGGCGGCCGCUGUAAACUAUGCUUCAGAUUACAUCGAGGCUUCGUCCGAGAGGAGGAGGCUUCACCGACAACUGGGAGUGGUGGAAUCAGAUAAUGACCCCCAUGGGCUGACGGCGCACGAGCGGCAAAUUCUUGAAGCCUUGAGAUCAACCAGACAGCGUGAGGAAGGCAGGGAGCAGACCACAACUCCUCGAAGCAUCAACUACACGUCGGAUUCACCCCCUGCCAGGCGGUCACGUCUCAAUUGGUUCUCUACCUGGGAUAACGAGCCGCGAGAAGGGGAAGGGGAUGCCCCUCCACGGCGGAACAUGGGAGAAACCCUAGCUGAAUUUAUAACAGAGGGUUCCAGGAAUCAUCGUAUCCUCGAACAAUCACGGGGUCAGGAACCUCGACGACGAGCGUCCAUAAUUAUUUCCAACGAGGGAUCACCUAGGAUGCACGAACCGACUGGGAAUAUUACAGAUGCUGCUACGACGCGAUCCCCGAAUCCGAUUCCUGCUCACGCCCGUAGAGGGGAUCCUCAAAUCAUCGCCUCGACGGACGAGGCAUGGCGUAGGGUUGAGGAGGCAUUGGCGAGCAAUACCUUAGCAGCCGACAGCGCGCGAUCGUCCAAUGCGCCCGAGCUUCGAUCAGACCUCCGUCGCCUUCGACAGUUGACGCAGGUUCGAGACCGCCUGCGCAGCGCUCGGGAGGCGCCCUCUAUCGAUCCGUACAAUCUUCCUGCGCUGGGAACGGUGUAUAGAUUUGCUAGCCGUAGCAGUCACCACGACCCUGCUUUUGGCGUACGGACCGCUGGGUUGGCGAUGAGCCAGGACGGGCGCAUCCUAUAUUGCGGUACAGAAGAAGGUAUCUUCGAGUUCCGAAUCAACAUGCAUGAGCGGAAGGGGAGGCCCGCCAUUGCGCUGCGCUAG